AAGAAUGUAAGAUACGAAGCGUUUUUAGUAUUCAAACGCAAACAAUGAUUUGCACACUUCACAUUUAAAUUGAUACAAAGUUUUUGAUUUGUAUUUUUAAUACAAUGGACGAUUUGUCGGCCAGUUUGCACACUUAUUUGAAUACGGAUAUUUUGAAACUCUUGAAUGAAGCUCAAAUUAUUACUGUAAUAGAUUUUAUGAAUUGCGAAACUAAGAAGAUUGAGAAGAUAACUUCUUUAGCACUUAAGGAAAUUUUAGAAAUUAGAAAGGAGCUUUUGAAAAAGUAUUCUCGAUUAAGAAGCGCAUUUGAUUGUUAUCAAAACAUUUUACACGAAUUUGCAAUAAUUCCUACAGGUGUUGAAAAGUUGGAUUUAUUAUUGGAAGGAGGCUUGUUUACAGGGAAUAUAUAUGAGAUAUGUGGAUUACCAGCGUCAGGAAAAACUUUAUUUUGUUUAACUUUGAUUAAAAAUGUAGCUCUGACUUCUCCUGACGAAAUAAUUUAUUUAGAUACAAAAUGUGAUUUUUUAGGAUUAAAAAUGAAACAGAUGUUAUCAUCUUUGAACAAGGAACAUUUAAUAUCGACUAUGAACAGAAUAAAAGUCGCCAGAGUUUUUACAAAAAAUGAUUUUCUUGGUCAUUUACUUACCCUGAAACAUUCCAUAGAAAGCGGAUCAUCUACUAAACUAAUAAUUAUUGAUUCUAUAGCUACUUUAUCAUUUCAGUCCUCAAAUCAAAACGAUAAUAAUUCAUUCCUUUCUUAUAUAGCCAGUAUUUUGCAUUAUCUAACUAAAGAAUACAAUAUUGUUUUUGUAAUAACAAACUUGAUAACUUUAUGGAAUGACGGAGAUUUUAAAAAUAUAGAUGUGAUGAAAGAAAAGGUCACUUGUGGAAGUUAUUGGUAUGGAGUUCCUAAUGCAAGAAUUUCUUUGAAGAAGGAGAGAGGAGAAUGCAAAAUAACUCUAGUUAAAGCAGUGAAAUUCGUCCCAAAUAUUAAUUCCUGUUGUAUUAAAUAUACCGAUCAAGGAUUUGUUUAAUCAAUUAUUGUUAGAAGUUUUAUUUCAUUUUGUAAAUCGAUAUAUUUUUGAUAUAUAAUUGUGAUUUUAUUGUA